UCUGGUGAGAUGAAUGGUGAAUAUGACGCUUGUCGGAAAGGAGGACUGAUUUUUUUUUGGACCGAAUUCGACUCUUAAAAGCGAGAACCAAGUGAGAUCGUAUUCAGUUGUACAGGGGCGGCGGUAGCGGCUUUGCAGAUAAAAACACCGCACUGGAAAAAGGACUGGGCUGCAUUAAAAUAGCAUUUCCUAAAAGCACUGGGACUGCGCUUCUGUUCACAUGUCUAACCUGAAGAAGAGAAGCUUGGUGAAGGAGCAAGGGGAAACAGAUGGUCAGGUGAAGGACAGUAUGUUAACAGCACAUGAGAAUGGGGAGCCGGGGCUGUCUCCGGACAGGGACAGCUUCCCGACCACCCAGGAGCAAACAACGGACUCGGACAUGGUCCUGAAGCGAACCAUCACCCUGCGGAGCGGCGUGGCCAUCAUCGUGGGAACCAUUAUCGGCUCGGGGAUCUUCAUCACACCGACCGGGGUGGUGCGGGAGGCGGGCUCGGUGGGUUUCUCCCUGAUCAUCUGGGCAAUGUGCGGCGUCUUCUCCACAGUCGGGGCGCUCUGCUACGCCGAGCUGGGCACCACCAUCGUCAAGUCCGGCGGCGACUACGCCUACAUCCUCGAGGUGUACGGCUCAGUGGUGGCCUUCCUCAAGCUCUGGAUCGAGUUGCUCAUCAUCCGGCCCAGCUCGCAGUACAUCGUGGCUCUGGUCUUCGCCACUUACAUCAUCAAACCCGCCUUUCCUGACUGUGCGGUGCCCGAAAAUGGAGCCAAGUUAGUGGCUUGUCUCUGCAUCUUGUUUUUGACAGCAAUUAACUGUUACAGUGUGAAGGCAGCUACAAGAGUACAAGAUAUUUUUGCUGCAGCUAAGUUGUUGGCUCUAGCUGUUAUCAUCAUUUUGGGCUUUGUGCAGAUUUUUAAAGGAGAAACUCCAUACUUGAAAUCCGACCGGGCCUUUGAGGGGACAACCACAAAUGUGGGAAAAGCAGUCUUGGCAGUAUAUAGUGGCCUCUUUGCAUAUGGCGGCUGGAAUUACUUGAAUUUUGUCACAGAAGAAAUGAUUGAGCCUUUUAAGAAUUUACCUCGUGCUAUUAUCAUCUCCAUGCCCAUAGUAACAAUUGUUUACGUAUUGACCAAUAUGGCAUAUUUUACUACCCUGUCUCCUGAGUUAAUGCUAAACACAGAAGCUGUUGCAGUGGAAUUUGGUAAUAUCCACUUGGGAGUGAUGGCCUGGAUUGUCCCUGUAUUUGUAGGACUCUCUUGUUUUGGUUCUGUCAAUGGAUCACUCUUCACUUCAUCUAGAUUAUUUUUUGUGGGAUCGCGAGAAGGUCACUUGCCCAGCCUUCUGUCUAUGAUUCACCCAACACGUUUUACUCCCUUGCCAUCAUUAAUAUUUACUUGUUGGAUGACUUUGAUGUACGCAUUCUCUGUCGACAUAUACUCUGUCAUUAACUUCUUCAGUUUCUUCAACUGGCUAUGUAUUGCAUUAGCCAUUGUUGGAAUGAUGUGGCUACGCUACAAGAAGCCAGAAAUGGAGCGGCCUAUUAAGUUUAACAUCCUGCUGCCAAUCUCUUUUGUGCUAGCCUGCAUCUUCUUGAUUGUUGUUUCUAUAUGGAUGACACCUGUUGAAUGUAGCAUUGGAUUUGUCAUUAUCCUCUCUGGACUUCCAGUCUAUUAUGUUGGUGUUUACUGGAAAAACAAACCCAAGUGGCUCUUGAACAUAAUCUAUUCUGCAACUGUUUUCAGUCAAAAACUUAUGGAGGUGGUACCUCAGUCUUCAUAAUAAAACAAGUUGAACUCCUUCAGAAAAACGCACAAAGAUUCAAGCAAUUGAUACGUUGUUACACACUCCAAAGUCAACAUUUUAUUCAUGGAAACAUUUCUCAUAACUUCAAUUUGAGGAUUUAGUCAACCACUUCAAAAUUGGUUGAAAAAGCAUCACAUGCUCCUUUCAUUAGAAAGGGAGUAAAUGAUUGAGAACUAUACUAGGUGAAGAGUAUGCAAUGUGUUUUGGUGUUUGUAUAAAUAUCCCUCUGUGAUUAUUUGCGCAUUGGUCAAAAGCUACUGAUGGUGGAUGCAAUUCUGAAAUACCCUCAUGCCUGCAAAACUGUCUGAUAAACAGUCUUGACUGUGGACAGGACUAAAAUUUAGGAAUUACAUGGGAGAGAUUGACCAUUUGUUGGGUCUGUAGACAAUCUUUGUUAAUAAAUAUAGUUGGUUUGUUCAUUUAGUUGAGAGGAAUUAGAAAAAAAAACAUUUUUUUUGAGCUAAGAUGUUGUGGUUCCUUACACUCAGAGACUGACCCCUAGAACUUCAUGGAGUAUUUCUUUGAAUUGCAGUCCACUUUUAUUUUCAAGUUUAUGUUUAUAAUGAGUAACUAAAUGAACGCAAUGGCCUAUAAUAACUCCAACUGGUUUAUCCAAAAAGCAACAAAACUACAUGUAAUAGAAGGCUCAAUAUCUGAUCUGUGCUCUCAAUGAUAUUAAUAUGAAGCAAUAACACAUAAGCUGUCUUUGUCUCUGGUGUCAUGAAAGGAACACUGCUAAGGAUCUUCAGUGAUUCUUAUUGAAAGUGGGUGGUAAAGUUAAAUGUUGUGUUUGCAGUAUUGGGGCAGGCUGUGAUUGAACAGCUUGCUGAUAUUUGCAGUCAAUGUUUACUAAUAAAUUAUAUCUCCAUUUUAUGGAAAGUUCUGCAAUGUAACCAGUGCUUGUGGAUCCAAACACAAGCAGGACAGAAAACUUCAAGGUUGCACCCAAUGGUGCUUUAUAUUACAUUACCUGAAAUAAUGUGGUUAAUGGAAGGACAUUUCAUUAAUGUUCAUCAUGUGGGGCCAAAGAUCUGGUCAGCACAUGAGCCAGCACUAAUACCCUUCCAGGCUCAGCAGCUCAUUCAAGCUUGGGAAGUCUGGUCCUUUUCUUAGUUACUUUGUUGUCGUUGCUUUGUAUGGGGCAAAUGCAGGUUCUGCCCCAUAGAUGGCAAAUCACCCCACACAAUUUUUUUUUACUUUCGGCCUUAAAUGACGAAUAUGUAAAUACAAAGUCUUUGCAUCCAUCAGUUUUUAAAGAUUUUGUUUUGUAUUUAUUUUAUCAGAUUUUCUGUACCAACAAUACCUGAUGAAGGAACUGACUUUUCAACACUAUUUAUUAUUUUUACAUAUUAGAUAAUUAAUACCUUAACCCAACCAAUCGUAGAUAAUAUAAAUUUUCUUUCAGUGGAAUUGCCCCCUGUGGCGGUCUAGGUCCUUGAAUCAUUGAUGCUAUUCUUUGAGCUAUCUCAACAGUCCACUAUCUUUUUGAAAUUCGUCUAAUCAACAUAGUAUAAAUUUAUCAAUGCUUGUCUUUGAAGCUGUAUUUGUUCAAUAUUUUUAAUUAAUAUUAAAAUAUUUGAGCUGUAAAUAAGUUAAAUAUAUCAUCCAGAAAGCCACAGAUUAAUUGGCAUAUAUAUAUAUAUAUAUUAUGUCAUGACUUCCCAGUUUGUAAUAUCUGAAAGUUUAUGGAGUAUUAGUCAAACUGAACAUUGUGCUCUGCUUCUCAUUUAGUUUAUUUUAAGUUAACAAGAGAUAACAAUUUUGGUUCAACUAAAAAUGCAAAUGUUUCAGGCAAACACAACCAUUGAAAAUACAAUCUAUUCCAGUUAACGGUAUUGCAAAAAUGUGUUGUAGACAGGCCAUGAAUGGCAAGCAAUUCAAGCUGCUGGUUUAAGACUCUGUUAUGAUUUGUCAUCCUCUCAUUACCUUCUCCAGAGCAAUAAAGGAUAGGCAAUAAAUGCUGGCCCACAUUCCUUGGAAAAAAUAAAUUCCACGGGAUUUCUUAUGUUGACACUAGUGGAAAUUUAGAGUGUGUUCCCCACGAUAUGUUUUGUAUGUUAUUUAGCUGAUGCCAACUUGAAUGGAAGAGGAUGUUUUUAUUCUUUCUUUGAUUAUAGAAUUAUUAAUAUUGUUGAUGCAUAAGAUUGUGCAACGUUAUCUGGAAUUGUGGAACAAUCAUUACCAUUUUCUUUCUUUUUUUGUUCUUUUUCUGCUUUAAUGCAACACUGUAGAAUCUUUUCAAGUUUCUCAUUAAGGUCAAUCUUUGUGUCUGUUAAUGUAGAAUGCUGCAGGACCACUUGCCAGUAAAACAGAGCCAUUGCCUGAAUAAAAAAUUCAUUUAAUAAUUGCAAAUAAUAAUUAUACUCAAGUACAUUUUUGUGUCAGCAGUUAUCCAUUUUUAACACUCCCUAUUUCUCAGUCUCAAGCUUGUUGGUUCAAAUCCCAUUUGAAACCUGACCACAAAAUUUUGACUGGUACUUCAGUGCAGUCCUGCACUUUUUGGAGAUGCUUUUCAGAUUAAAUAAUAAAACAAAAAAAACUGUCUUGCAACCACCUCCAGCCCCAGUGAGUAUAGCAGAUCCAGUGGCACAAUUGCAGGUAAGAGUAGCGGAUCACUGGUGCUGGGUUGAUAUUGAUCUCUAAAUUACCAUUACAAAAGUAGAUUGUCUGGUCAGUACCACAUUGUUUCUAUGAGCUUGCUGCAUAAAAAUUUGUUUUCUGCAUUUUCUACCUGACAACAGCAGCUAAACUUUUAAAAGUGUCUUUGGAAUGUCAUGGGUGAGGCUUUAGAAUUGCACUUCUUUUCUUUUCAUUAAGAAUGUGAGCAUUCGCAGCUUCUGUAUGUGCAAAAGUCAUUUUUAUUGUUUGUAUGCACGUCUUAUUAAUAAGCUUAGUAUUUCUCCUCAACCUAUAAACGCAUGAGAAAAACUUUUACAUUCACUGAAAAAUGUUUUAUUCCAUUUUAUCGUUUUGAAAUUGGAGUGUUUCUACUUUUGAAAGUAUUCUGUAAAUUAGUAGUUUAAUCUGCCAUUAAUGAAAUUGAGCCUUCAAUUCACUACUGGUACAACUCACAACUUGUGUUGUCAUAUUAUUUUUCAAUGUGCUGCGAUGUGUAGUCUUCAGAUUGACAUGUGAACUUAAUUUUACUAAUGUGUGUUUUAGUUUUUUGGAGUUUGUUUACAUUUUUAAAUAAAACCUUCCAGGGAGGGGAGAAAGCAACGGAAUAAAAAUGCACCUGGAAAUUACCAAUUCGUUUGCUUUUAAUGAAAUAUUCUGAAUUCUGUACAGACAUAAUGGGUCAUUUUCUGAGUUUAAGAUACUGAGUUUCACACUAUUCUGAGUUUUUCUUUCCCACGAUCUGUUCUUAGGCAAGUGAAGCAGCUGGCCAUCAAAGUGUCAUUGAUACUCUAGCAAGGAGGGUAACCAUGUAAAUAAUAUAAAAUUUUGAACAAAAGUCAAAUACAUCAAAGUUUACCAUUUUCAAUUUUCUUCAGAAAAUUAGGCCAUCUGAAUUAAUAUUUUGUGAAAAUACUCUGUGUUACUACAUGUAAUUGGAGUUUUUAUCAGUACAAUAAGCCUUUUAGCUGAUAACUUAACCCCCCUCCUCCCUCCCUACCUAUCCACUGUCCCCCCUACUUCACCAUACCCAUCUAAACUUCAUGGGAGAGCAGAUGGCCUAGUGAUAUUACCACUAGACUAUCAAUUCAGAGACCUGUAAUGUUCUGGGGACCUGGGUUCAAAUACUGCCAUGGCAGGCUCAGCCAAUGGUGCCCACAUCUUAUGAAUGAAUUUUAAAAAUGCUUGAAGAAUGUUGCUUCUUCCAUCCUGCUAAUUUUUUCCAUCAGGAAAUGUUGGGAAAUAUUAUUUUCUCUUAAUUUUUGACAUAAUCUGGUGUAUUUGAGUGAUACUCCUUGUGACACAAUUAAAACUUUAAAAAUGCCUGGGCCCCCUGGCGGAAGGUUUCGGUUGUCAGCUUUAACUGGUGCUCCAAUACUGUGUGGCUCUUAUUUGACCCUCAAUUAAAGUUAAACUUCCAUUCUUCAGGAAACUAACCAUCUGCUCACCAGCUUUUGGUACUCCUUCCUACACCAUUAUCACUGGGAGUGAGAAGCUACAAUACCCCUUUAUGAGGAAAGAAUUUCCACUUGAUCAAUCAUAGUGGAGAGAGAAAGAAACUGUGCACAGUUCCCUUUUAUGACUCAAAGGGGUCAGUUGUGAUUAAUUUCAUUCACUAAAUUUCUCAAGUUUAGCAAUAGCGGAGCCACUUGAGUUUUGAUUUCUUUGCAGCCAAAGAGAUGAUGAAAAAAAAAGUUAAGAAACAUUAAAAAAAAUGUUUUUAUGCUGAGUUAGGAAGAGGAUCCAGAGCAAAUGUAAUGCCUGCAUGCAAACUUAGAAAAGUAACAUGCUACAAUGCACCUGAAUGCAACGUUUUGAGCAAGAUCUUAGAGUGCUCUAACAUGAGGCAUUUCUUUGAGAACUUGGAGGAGAUUAGGAAAAAAUAAUCUGCUGAUCUAUUUAAAAUUGUAAUUAUUUUUCUCCAUUGAGUCAUAGGGACACUCCUGAUUUUCUUUAUUCAUUCAUGGGAUAUGAGCAUCACUGGCAUUUAUUAUCAAUUCCUAUUUGCAAUAACCCAGAUUUUCAUAUCUCUCCAUGGUGUAGAUACACUCACAGUGCUGUUGUUAGGGAGUUUCAGACCUCUGACCUAGUGAUGAUGAAGGAACCAUGAUAUAUUUGCAAGUCAUGGUGGUACAUACAUUGAGGGGAUGAUGUAAACUGCUUGUUCAUGCUAGAUCUAAAAUAGACAAAGUUAAAAUAUGUCUCUGGAUUCCAGGCAGAUCUUCUAUUAUUAGUAUGCAGUGUAGUCUUUCAAAUGAAUUUUGGAUAACUAAAUAUGGCUGAGGUAAAAGUAUAAACCUCAGGUGCAACUACAACUCCAAAGAAUUAAGGCUAAAUUACUAGUUUUAUAACAAUGUUUUUGAAGGAGGGUUCAUCUCAGCUGCAUCAUGGUUCAUGGGUUUGCUGUCAAUUUUUAUUUACAAGAUAAUUCAUUAAGAAUUGAAGCACUACAGGGUCAAAAUUCUCAUACUAUUUUAGAUGUUCUGGCAUAAUGUCAGGAAAUAGUUUCUAGAAUAGCUCCUUUUCUCAUUGUAGCUUAGGAGCCAAAACCUUUAAGGCUGGAGUUUCUCUGGCCUGGGACUUAAUUGGGCCCCAACAUUUCAUUUUCUGCAUGUACUGUGGGUAUUCUUGGCAAAAUCAGAAUUUUUUUUUCCCAUUUCAAAUUUCCCCUGAGAAAGUGAUGGUGAGUGAGUUGGAUCAAAGCUUAUAGAGGAGGGUAUUCCUGCAUAAUGACAUUUUAAAUAAUAAAGAUUGCUGAUUUGGAAGAUACUGCCAAAGGAACCUUGGUAGUUUGCUUCAUUAUUUCUUGUAGCUGGAGUAAAUGGUUAAGAUGUGACCUCAGUCAAGAAGCUGUUUUGCCCUGAAUGGUGUGGAGAUUUUAAAGAGUUGAUGAAGCUGUACUUGUCUAAUAGGUAGAGAGUUUUAUUUUAAUAUUGUGGCUUGCACCAUGUAAAUAGUGGACAGGUUUGGUGGAGUCUGGAGAUGAAUUACUUUAUACAAAAUUCCCAGCCUCUGACAUGCUCUUGUAGCCACAGGUAUUAAUGUGUUUGACCCAGUAAAGUGUUGAGCCAAUGGUGAUCUCCAGGAUGUUGAUGGUGAGGGAUUCAGUAACUACAUAUGCAUUGCUCAUCUCCACAACAUACCACUAUGUUUCUGAGUCAGAAAGAUGUGAAUUUAAGUCUCAUUCUAGGACUUGAGCACAAAAUUCUUAGAUGAUACUGCAGUAUGCUACUGAAAAUAUUGGGAAGAGGAGGACGGUAGUGCAGGAGUGAAUGUUUGAACCUUCUAAAUGUCUAUAGGGAUGGGAUAUGGUGGAAAAGAAAAGUCCGGGCAACUUUUAAAGCUCUCUGGGUCCUAAAACCUUCGGGGUAUCUUACAUCCUGUCAUCUUCCUGGGCUAUUUAGAGAAAUCCUCUGACUUCAGGAAGUUCUACUUGAAGUUUCUAGUUGAGUUCACAACCACAAAAUUUUCUGUUGCGCAAAUCUUUCCAUUGAAAGACUUUCCAUAGUCUUUCGCUUCACACAUUUUGCUGCUCCAAACAUGAGAACUAUUAGUUCAGAAGGCUAUUUAAAAUGGUUCACUUUGUGGAAAAAGUAAUAAUCUGGAAAUAAUUUGAAUCAACCAAAUCAAAAAGGUACUCAGUAUCAUGUAAAACUCUUCUUAAUGCAAAAUUAAAUUCUAAUUGAGAGUUUUUAAGAGUUUUUUUUAGAAUCCAUAGUACUAAUUUAUAGUACCUAAAUGUACUGAUUUUCAGGUUACUGUAUACAGUUUAUUCUUUUAGAUAUUUUUACUACACAAUUGAAUCUUUCUUAUGUUAUAACAUUUUUUGCAGUGUUAAGUAUUUUAUGAAAUCUUUUGAAAUGUAUGCAUACUGUCUGUAACCAGAGGUGCUACAGUACUGAUAUUUGAUCAUUUUUAUAGAAAUAAUUGGCUUGAAUAGCUUUGUCCAACAUUUAAUCACCUGUACACAGGAGAUGAGGAAAUCCAAAGUUUUAGGCAAAAUUAUUUCUUGCUGAAUUGUAACAACAAAAUUAAGUUUUGAGCUUCUCCUUUUGACAUACUUUGUUGGCAGUUUUAAUUGACUUCCCCUGUAUCCAAGUCUUAUUAUUUUGUCAUUUGUAGGGUAUGAAAGGUAACUUCAACUAAACAGAGAGCAGAAAACCAGCAACUAGUGCCUACCUUCAUUACCACCUCAUCUUCAAAUAUAUUUUCAUGACCUCAUUGUUUGGGAGGUAAUCGUGACACUGGAAGUGUGAAGUUAUUUUGAUUUGCACUUUUUCCAAUUUAUUUAUUUCAAUGGAUCAUCAAAAUCUUAUGCACUGUUUAUUUUCUGUUUGGAAUCAAAUUGCGUAAUUGUUUAUGACCCCAAAAAUGUUAUUACUUUGCUUGUAACAAUAUCCUAUUUGAAUCUUGAAAUAUUAGACUGUAAAAAUUUCUUGUGAAUCAAGAACAGUACUUCAUGGUGAUGUAUUGUGAUUUUAUUGACUUUACCACA